CAGUGUUGCGCUAACAGACUGGCAACGCUUGCGAAAAGUCGAGUUGGCAUUUGUACUCGAAAAAUUCAAUUUAAUCAAAGAAAUAACCCAACCGCAUUAAAAUUAUUAAAUAAGUAAAUGGUAACACAUUUCAAGUACGCGUAAUUAAAAAACAGUUUCGUUUUGCCAAGCUAACGCACUGCGACAACAUGUUGCACAAUAAUGCCAACUGGCUGCCGCCGCCUCAGCAGCAACAGCAAUUGCAGCAACAGCAGCUGCAACAGCAGCAGCAACUGCAACAGCCACAACAGCAACAGCAGCAGGCACCUUCGCUACAUCACGCUCAAGUUCCGCAAGCUACGCAACAGUCGCAACCGCAGCUAUAUGCUAGCCAAAUGUUUCAGCAGCCUCAGGCGCAGCCGGCUCAGCCAGCAUAUUGGCCAGUGGAGCAGUCGACGACCCUCAGCUAUCACGACUUUGCCGGCACAGCUCCGCCGCCGCCGCUGGGAUAUGCGCCUCCCGCGUCGCUGUCCUAUGCACCGGCCAUGUCCGCGCAGCAAUUUUAUCAGCCAGCGCCAGGGCAAGUGGAGCCGCAGGCGCAGCUGCCAGCUGUCGAGGUCGUGGACAAUAAUAACAGUGGCAAAAACGAUGGCUGGGGUGAUUGGGGCGAUUGGAAUGAUGGCAGCAACCACAACAACAAUAACAACAAUAGCAACAACAACGGCAGCAGCAUCAUGAACCAUAGCGAGGCGGCGCCGCUAGCCAGCGUAGUCGAGGAUUCCUUCAAUGUGCAGGGCCAAAGCAGCUGGCACGCGUUUAGCAACAACAGCAACAACAGGAACACCAACAUCAGCGGCAGCAGCAACAACAACAACAACAAUAAUCCGGAAUCCGGCAAAUCGCUGGAACUGCCGCCUUUGCUGUCGCCCGCCACGGAACAGUUGUCGCCAGUGUCCGAGCCGGAAUUGAAUGCUAUUGUGCCGCCGCAGGCUUUUCAAAAUCAGCCACCACCAGCCGCAGCAGCAGGUCCUCCUCCAGCGGCAGUUACAUUACCACCACCAGCACAGGCAGCUCCUCCUCCAGCGGCAGCACCACUUCCACCAGCAGCUGCUUCGGCAGCGGCUCCCGUUCUGCCGCCGCCCGCAAUGGAGACUGCUGCGGGAAAUCCCUUCAAACGCGCUGGAGGACUCAGCAAGCGCGUGAAUAUUUUGGCUACGCCAGGCACAGUAGCAGCAGCCGCACCACCACCACCACCAUCAGCGCCAAGUGUGCCCGCCGUGGCUGCCGUAGCGCCUGUGCAGAUGUUGCUGCCCGAACCGAAUCCGGAACAGCAGCCGUAUGAGAAUCAGGAGGUAUUGCUGGCGGCGCCAAAUGAUGAGCGUGCUCAGUAUCUGCAGACCAGUCACCUAUCCGAGCAGCCCGAGGAGGUUAACGAGGGCAACUGGGAGGCAGAUGGACUGUUCCCGCCGCCGGGACUGUCACGUCUGGUGCUCGGUCAGCCGGAGCUGGUAGAGCAGCAACGUCUGGUCACCGGCACCGAGCAGCCGCACAGUCGUGUGGCCAAUGCGCUGCACAUGGCUGAGCGUCAGGCCGAUGGUGAGGAUACCUCCGAGGGUGAACAGCCGACGCGCAAUGAUCUCUACCAGCAGCAACAGCAGCUGCAGCAGCAGCAACAACAACAGCAGCAGCAACAACAGCAGCAGCAGCAGACGCCGCCGCGUCGCGUAGUGACUGGCGUGGAGACCCAAGCCACUGUGGUGCUAUCUGGGGAACAACGCGAGGUGGUCUUGGAUGGCGAGAAUCUGGAGGAUCAUCGGCCAACGAUGCCGCCGGCGCCGCUGUCGGUGCCAGCAGCAACAGCGACGACAACACACGCAACCGGCGUGGCAACAGGAGCAGCUGCUGCCGUCGAUCUGGACACCGAGUCACAUCAACAACAUCACAUAAGCAACGACGAGAACGAGGCAAACUCCUCGCUGCCAACUCAACAGCAGCUGCUGCAGCAGCAGCAGCAGCAAACGCCGCUUGACAAGAAACAGCCGCGUGGCAAACCGCGUCCAGUUGCCUCACUGGAUCUGGAGUCGGAGGAUGAGUCCGAGGACGAGUGGCUGCUGAGCGAUAGGCAUGAUCCGCCGCCGCGCCGCCAGCAGCCGGACGAGCGCAGCAUGCGCAGUCUGCGCGGCAGCCGGCGCCACAGCAACAGCAACAACAACUACGAGGGCGAAACGGAGGAUUCGGUGCGCGGCGGCGUUGCUGCCGGUGGCGUUGGCAGCGCUGCUCACACUGCCCACAAUGACAGCCACAGCAGCAGUAAAUCGACGCGCGAUGCAAAGCGACGCAGUCGCGAUGCGGACAAUCAGCGAAGACAUGAACCGGAGCGCACGGGACGCGAGCGCAGCGAAAGGGAGCGGGAACGCGAACGGGAACGCGAACGUGAACGUGAACGUGAAAGGGAACGUGAGCGAGACCGGGAACGCAAUCGCUGGCGACGCGACGACCAGCAAUACGGACGGUCCACGCGCUACAGCAACAACAACAACAGCAACAGCAACUAUGAUGGCGAGUCGGAUGCAGCCGAACUGGCAGCCGGUCAAGCGGCAGCCAGCGAUGGCGGCGGCGGUGGCGGCGGCGGUGGGGGCGGACGAAACAGCAAGGCAAGCCGGCAAAGACGCAGCGGUGCCGCUGACGAUGAUUACGAGGACUAUGAACAGCAAUCGGCGCCACGUGGCGGCAGCCAUUAUCGGCCACGUCGCGACAAACAGCAACCGCAGUCGCAUCAGCAAUCACACGAAAAGCCGCGCGGCAGCCGGCGCAGUCACGAGGGCAGCGAACGGACGCGCUCACAUCAUCCGGACUGGCAACAGCACUGGGAUGCCCGCCAAUACGAGGGCUAUCGCAACAAGAGCUCCCGCAACAGCGACAUGGACAAGGAGCUACUCAACGGAGCCGGCGCCGCCGGCAGCAGCAGCGGCGGCAAACGUCGCAACAACUACGAUCAAUAUGCAAAUGCCGCGGCCAGCUAUGAUCCCUACGGCAUGUACGAGCAGAUGUCGCGCAAUCCGCACGCCUACGCGGACAUGUACGCCAAGCUGUACGGCCAGAUGAUUAACUCAAUGACGGCGGCCGUUAACGCUGCGGCCGCAUCGAAGGCGGUGCCACAAUUGCAGACGCAGGCCCAUCAGUUGGGCGCACCGGUUGCCGGCGUGGAUGAGGCAGCUCUGCUCAGGGAACGUGAAAGGUACACACACGCAUACAUAACACAAGCCAAUGAAUUCCAUCGUCGUCGCCAACAACAGCUCAAUCUCUACCAACAACAACAACAUAACUACACGGAUAUGUUGAACUCGACACUGGGCGAUGACAGCGCCAGCCUCCUUGGCAGCGAUACCCACAGCAGCCGCCGGCUCUUGGCUCCGUAUGGCAUCUCGAGUGCACGUUCGCUCAGCAAUUUGAACUGUGAGGAUGCCUCCUCCGCAGGAUAUGCGCGUUACUAUGCUGGCUCGGAGUGCAACGUUGAUAUCAGAGCUGCGGCUGCUGCGGUUGGUCUUGGUGCUGUGGCAACAACAUUUGCCGGCAAUGUGGAUGCAACUGCGACGACAACAACAACGGCUGUGGCACGCCCACCAAGGCGUCGCACACCGCUGCUCUACAAUCGGCCACAUUUGGUUGCCUCAUACUCGAUGAGUCUGCUGCUGCGCGUCCGUCCCAAGUACGCGGGACGCGGUCGUCUGCGCAACGAUGUGGAGGUGUCGGCGCCACGCAUUAAGGAUGCCACCAGCAGCUUGCUGCGCUCCUAUCCUGGUCCGCUGCAGGGUCGCAAGCUGCACAAGGACAAGAUCAUUAGCUUCUGCAAGGAGCAGAUACGCUUGGGUCCGGCACGUGCCUGCACCGUGCUGUAUGCCACACAGAAGAAGCCGCUGGGCAGCGUGGACAAGUAUCGUGCCUCGCAUACCCUCAUGUGGCAUCUGCUCAUCCUGUUGCUGCGACAGAAUGGGGUCAUUGCCGAUACGGAUGUGGGUGAUCUGUUGCUGGAGAAUCAGCACGAGUAUCCCUAUGCACCAGACGCAGAGGCGGAUGCCGAGUCCGCGGAUGCACGUGUACACGCUGGCGAGCCCCUGAACGACUCGGAUGCGGAUGAGGCGGUGGCAGCGGGCGGUGCAGCUGCUGCAGAGACUGAACCAGAUGCUGAUGCAGAUGCGCCCAUGUCGGAACAGGCGGCAACCGAUCAGUUUCGCAGCUAUGUGCUGCGCGGCAAUGUCGAGGAGGCACUGCAAUGGGCCACCGAUCACAAUCUGUGGACGCAUGCGUUCUUCUUGGCCCUCUACGAGGAUCGUUAUGCCCUCACAGAUGUGGCACAAAAGUUUCUCAAUCGCGCCAUCAAAGCGAACGAUCCGCUGCAAACGCUCUAUCAAAUGAAGAGCUGUCAUACGCCCGCCUGCGUCAGUCAGCUGCGCGACGAACAGUGGGGCGACUGGCGUUCCCAUCUCUCUAUAUUGGUGACCAACAAGUCACGCCAGCCGGAAUACGAUCGCAGCUCUGUCGUCGCACUGGGCGAUACUCUCUUUCAACGCGGCGACAUCUAUGCGGCACACUUUUGCUAUCUGGUUGCGCAGGAGGAGUUCGGACGCUAUGACAGCGCUGCCACGGAGCUAACCACGCUGACUGGCAAUGUGCCUAGGUUGAUCCUGCUGGGCGCCUCACACUACAAGCCAUUCAAUGAGUUUGCCAGCAACGAGGCGAUCAUCAUGACGGAGAUCUAUGAAUAUGCGCGAUCGCUGUUCGAUCACAAGUUCAGCAUUGUCAACUUCCAGCACUACAAGUUCCUGCUGGCGACACGCAUCCUGGACUAUGGCCAACACUUUCGCUGCACCAACUAUCUGGAGCAGAUAGCCAAGCACAUUGAGCUCAAGCCGGACAGCUAUGAUGGUGAUUUUAUACAGCGCGUUUGCUGUCUGGCGGAACGUUUGCGCUAUCACGAUCCCAUACUGAUCAAUCGCGUCUCCUUUGCCAGUCCACCAACAGCCACAAAUGGCGGCCAAGCGGCACCGCAAGGCGCCACCGAGGAAAAGGAAUGGCUGCGUCAGCUGCGCACGCUGGCUGAUCAGCCCCUGCAGGAGCAACAGUUGCAACAUCAACAGGAACAGCAGCAACAACAGCAGCAGCAACAGAGCGACAUUGAUCAGCAAUUUGUGGAUUUGAGCAAGCAAAUGCGCGAGCUAAACAUGCAAUAUGAGGAUACCAUGCAGCGCGAGCAGGAGGCGCAGCAGGAGCAGCAGCUGCAGCAGCAGCAGCAGCAGCAGCAACAGCAAUUGCAGCAACAGCAAUUGCAGCAGCAGCAGCAACAGCCGGCAGAAUACUAUGAGCCGCCGCCGCCACCGCCACAAAUACAGCCGAGUCAUGAGCAAACGCUGAGCAGCCAUAUUUAUGCGGCGCCAUCAGACUACGCUCCCAAUGCGGCACAGCAACUGCAGCAGCAGCAACAACAACUGUAUGAUCCCUCGCAGCAACUGCAGCCGGGCACAGUCUAUGGGCACAUUGAGCCCGCCAGCGAGGCCUACGGCGCCCAGCAACCAGCAACUGGCUACGACUAUUGGCCCAGCGGUGCACAGCAGCCGUAUGGCGAUGAGCUGGCGCAAAUGGAGAGCAACGAGUUGAUUGCUGAUGACAGCAGCAACAAUCUAAACAAGAACAACAACAAUGCAAUAGCAACAUCAGCUGAAGCAGAAGAAGCAGCUGCAGCUGCAGCAGAAGCUGAGCAAACACAGCAGCAGCAACAACAACAACAACAACAACAGCUGCAACAAGAGGAACAAUUGCAGCUGCUAGAGCCAAGUGCGCCCAGCAGCAACAUGGACAACGGCAACAAUCGCUUUAAACACAAUGCCUUCAAGCUGCCCGCUGCUAGCAAUGGCAAGCAAAUGCACUACACAGGCCAAGACAAGGACAAAAGCAAACAAUUUCCACGAAAACUGCAAUUUGCUAACAGCAACAACAGCAACAGCAGCAACAACAGCGACAAGAGCAGCAUCGGCAGCAAUAUAGCGGAAUUUACAGCGACAGCAACGGCAACCACAACGAAGGCAUUUAAUUUGAAUGAUCAACAAAUGCGACCCACGAUUUCGAUGCCAAAAUCAAAGAAUUACGACGACGACGAUGGAGCUGCCACAACUGGUGCUGCAUCCUUAGCUGGCCAUGCAACGUCCGGAAGCGCAGCCUCAACGGCGGGCAAGCAGCAACAGCAACAAUCCGGCGCUGGCGGUUUGCCCGGCGCGCCGGGCAAUCAGAAUGCCGGCUGGUUUGGUGGCCUGUGGAACAAGUUUUCGCUAAAGCCGAAAAAUCAAAUGAUAUUACCGGAUGACAAGAAUCCGACAAUUGUGUGGGAUAAGGAGCGCAAAUGCUGGACCAAUACCGAGGGCACUCCCGAUGAAACGGAAUCAUUUAAGCCGCCACCAAAGAUGAGCGAUAUGGGCAUGGGUAUGCCAGCAGCAUCGGCGCCACCAGCACUCAAUACAUUGGGCACCAUACCCACGCCAGUUGCCACGCCCAAUCUGUUGCCACAGCAAAAUGCUCAUGAGCUGCCAAACGCCAAUAAUGUCUAUGAGAAUCAGAUGGAGUAUGACUAUCCCAGCUAUGCGGCACCAUCAGCUGCGAUACCAGCACCUGCACCAGCACCAGCACCAGCAGCAUCGCCAUCGCCUGGUCUUGCCCCAGCGGGAGCAGCAGCAGUAACGCCGCCCGGCGGCGCACAGCCCAAACUUCAAUCGAACAUGUUCAAAAUUAAACGCAAUCGCACGCUGAAGAACUCCUAUGUUGAUGUAUUUAAUCCAUCGGGCGCGCCCAUGACCUCAGCGCCACAGACUGUGCUGGCGCCCAUUAUGGCACCGGUGGCCGUGCCGCAGGGCGGCUUCUUUGUGCCUGGCGCAGUGCCCACACAGCAGCAGCAGCAGCAGCCCCAAUAGGAGUAGCGAAUCAUUUCAUCUAAUACGUAAACUUAACAUAACUACGUGGCGCGCACAACGACCGCAACAAUCAACAUCAACAUCAACAGCAACAGCAGCAACAACUUAGGCAAACAACACUCAAGCGACAACAACGUGAGCGGACAACGACAACGACAACUACAACAGUCACAAUAACAACAACAACAACAACAAGUGCUACUUUCUAUUAAUUAUUGCAUGCUGCUGCAAAACAUGUUGGGCAGCUCCUCUGCGUGUGUUUCGUUGUUGUUACUAUUUUUCGUUAUAUAUAUAUAUAUUUUUUUUUUCUAUCUCUCUCUGUUCAAACUGUAUUUGUAAAUGUGCGCGUUUAGCGAAAUUGAUAACAAAUUUAUGUAUGAUUAGUAAAAUAUAUGUAUAUGUAAAUUUUGUCUUCUCCUAUAUAAACGAUCAGCCCCUAUAAUCCCCCAAAAACCCAUGCGCAACAACCCCGAUAUGAUUAAAGCAACAAGUUUUUAGUUCAACAA